UGUCAGUGAUUUAUGGCGUAAAAUUUCACUCUGACAUUAUCUUUUACGAUUAAACUUUGGCGUUUGUUACGAAAAACAGCGUAAUGGCUAGAAAAGGCGGUGGCAGUCGCCGUGGAAGAUAAUAAAAAAUAUAUAUAAAUAAUUAAAUUUUUUACUCUGUGGUGAGAUGCUUGUUAUGUUACUGUGGUCACUAGUCAAUUUCAUCAACAGAGAGAGGGAGAGAGAGAAAGAUCAUAUAGCUGGAGUGAAGAGGAAGAACUCUGGGCGACUCCAUGGAUUCGAAAGCUUCAACCACUUCGAUUUCGGUUCCAAAAACCCCAAUCCAAUCGAAGCCCAAAGAUAGAGACUUCUUGAACCGUCUCGAAGUUUACCUCGCAAAGAGAGAUGGCGUGGACAAACUCCUUAAGAUCUCAAGGUACGCCACCAAGAUCAUCCUUGCCUCCUCUGCUCUCCCGGAAACUCUACCCAUAACCGGCCGCCUCAAGAGCUUCGAGUCCAGCGUUGGGCUGAGUCGGAAGGCUUUCAGGCUCGGAAAAUUCGUCCAAGACGUGAACGCCCUAAGGAACUCGCAAUUCGAUUCGAAACAGGGUCUCGCUCUCUCGGUGAUUGCUUAUGGAGGAGAGGGAUUGUAUUACUUCGUCGAACAAUUUGUCUGGUUGGCGAAAUCGGGGUUGAUCGAUCCAAAACAUUCCAGGAAUUUGCAAAAGCUGAGUGCUUGGGCUGAGUUUAUUGGGUACCUAGGAAGCAUAUCGUUGAAACUUAGGGAUUUGAAUCGGAUUGGGGAAGACGAAGCGUGCCUGAAAUCGAGCAUCGGAAUUGCGAUUGUUAGAGGAAUCGGAUACCAGGAUGAAAAGGAGAAAUUGAAGAAGAUAAGGGAGAAGAAAUUGAUGAAGAAAGUGUCGAUUUUUCAAGACUUGGCUGAUGGGUUAAUGGCUUUGGCGGAUAUUAGGAAUGGGAAAGGGGUUCUUUUGGGGCCUCUUUCAGUAUCUUGCGCUGGACUGUUAUCGGCCAUUGUUAGCACCCAUAAGAACUGGGUGUCUUGCUAAAACUCAUAAAGUCAUAAUUCAAAACUCAACAAAUAAGAAAAGAUUUAGUGGUGAUUAACUCGAUCCUUGGGAGAAAUUGUUGGUAAUUCUUUCGACAUUUUCUUAGAUUUUGACUAUCGCACCCGCCACGAUUUAAUGCGCUUUCAUCUAA